AUGUUCAACGCAAUUCCUGUCAACCCACCAUUUAUGUAUCCACCAAAUCAAACGAGCAAUAUUUCACCUGGUCACAGUCUGCAAACCAGCCAAGCAACAGCAUAUUUACGUUACAACCAAUUACCUAACACCCAAACACCUAGCUGUCAUCCAAACAUGGAGUGCCUAUCUCCUGAGAAUAACCAACCCUGGCAAAAUGGAAAACCAUUUUAUGUUUGUCGAAUUCAUGGCAAUAUAUCUCGAUGCAAUGGCUGCCGAGGAAUCAUUGACAAGGAACCACCCCCUAAUGACCUUGUGAUAAUGCACGAGGAAUGCCAUUACUAUCCGCAUCCCACAACAAGGCAGAUGGUUUUGAGCAUGACGCCAAAGCCAGAAUACUACCAUUUCCAAUUACCAUGCCUGAGAUCAAAACAUCCGACAUUCUCUUUCAGAGAUCUAGUUCCAGGCUCUUCAGGACCACA